GGUGCGGCGGCCGCGACGGGGUAGCGCGGCGGCAGCGCUCGCACGACCAUGGCGGCGACGGCGGCGACAGCGGCCGGGCGGGCGCGGCGAGGGGCGCCCGUAUACUCGCAGAAAGAGCUCACGUCAAAGAAAAGAGAUGAAUUUGAAGACAUCUUGGAGGAAAGACGGGUGUCCAGUGACUUGAGAUAUGCAAUGAAAUGCUAUACACCUGUGAUCUACAAAGGACUUUCACCGUGUAAGCCAAAUGCUAUUAAAAGUGCUGUUCUCCACUCAGAGCAAGUUCAAUAUGUUAUCAAGCAGUUAGCAAAAGAGACAGGAGAGUCACCUGAUAUUAUUCAAGAAGAAGCCACGGAAAUCCUGGAUGAGAUGGGCCACAGUAUGCAAUUAGGAGCUGUCAGAUUUUUUGCCUUUACUCUGAGUAAAAUAUUUAAACGGCUUUUUCAGAGAGUUUGUGUAAAUGAAGAAGGAAUGCAGAGAUUGCAACAAGCCAUUCAAGAGCAUCCUGUUGUACUAUUGCCCAGUCACCGAAGCUACGUAGAUUUUUUGAUGCUGUCUUAUUUGCUAUAUACAUACGACUUGGCUCUGCCUGUCAUUGCUGCAGGAAUAGAUUUCCUAGGAAUGAAAAUAGUUGGUGAGCUGCUACGAAGGGCAGGUGCCUUUUUUAUGCGACGUUCCUUUGGUGGGAACAGACUCUAUUGGGCAGUUUUUGCUGAAUAUGUGAAAACUAUGUUAAGGAAUGGCUAUGCCCCAGUUGAAUUUUUUCUUGAAGGAACUAGAAGUCGCACUGCCAAGACUCUGACUCCAAAGUUUGGUCUUCUCAGUAUUGUGAUGGAGCCAUUUUUUAAACGUGAAGUCUUUGACACGUACCUUGUUCCCAUCAGUAUCAGCUAUGAGAGGAUAUUAGAAGAAUCCCUGUAUGCAUAUGAACUCCUAGGAGUCCCAAAGCCCAAAGAAUCUACAUCUGGCUUGUUGAAAGCCAGAAGAAUCCUCAGUGACAAUUUUGGGACCAUACAUAUCUAUGUCGGCCAGCCAGUGUCACUCAGAACGUUAGCAUCUGGGAGGAUCAAUCGAUGCCCGUAUAAUUUGGUUCCCAGGCACCUGCCCCAAAAGCCAUCUGAGGAUAUCCAAGAGUUUGUCAGCGAUGUAGCUUAUAGAAUGGAACUCCUGCAAAUAGAAAACAUGGUUUUGAGCCCAUGGGUGCUAGCUGCUGCUGUCCUGCUCCAGAAUUUGCCAGCAAUGGAUUUUGAACUUCUAAUAGAAAAGACUCUUUGGCUUAAAGGCUUAACACAAACUUUUGGAGGAUUUGUUGAGUGGCCUGAUAACCUGUGUGCCAAAAAAGCAGUCACAUCUGGCCUCGCCCUGCAUUCCAACGUCGCUCGCCUUGUCGAUGGCCACGUGGUCCUAAAUGACAAAGGAGCAGAAGAUGGAGCUGUAGGGGAAAUCGUCUUUAAGCGAGCUCUGGCCAUCCUCAUGUGUGGAACCUACAGGAACCAGUUGCUGAAUGUGUUUGUGCGCCCAUCUCUGGUAGCAAUUGCCUUGCAAAUGACACGCAGCUUCCGAAAAGAGGAAGUCUACAAUUGCUUCAGUUUCUUGAGAGAUGUUUUUUCUGAUGAGUUCAUCUUCUUUCCUGGCAUUUCAUUGAAGGAUUUUGAAGAAGGUUGUUUUCUACUUACAAAAUGCGAUGCAAUUCAAACAACUCAGCAAGAAAUCUACCCUACUGAUAAAGGAAAUGUUGUAAUAUCUUUCUUGUCAGCUAUGUUCAGACCUUUUUUGGAAGGUUAUCAGUUAAUUUUCAGAUACCUCUCAAAAGAAGCAAAAGAAGCCUUUACUGAGAAGCAGUUUAUACCUGGAGUCCGCAACUUUGUUUUUCAGCUUCUUGAGAAAGGGAAUACUCAGUGUUACGAAGCAUUGUCUUCUGACAUCCAGAAAAAUGCCUUGUCAGCGCUUGUGCAGCUAGGUGCAGUGAAGAAGAAGAAAAUGACCAAUGGAUUCACUUACAGUAUAAACCAAGAAGCUGUUAAUAAAAUUCUGGAAAUGUUUGACUCUAGGAUACCUGUACAGAAACCUGUGGCUGCAAGACUCUAAGUGGUCUUUGAUGCUGGGAUUGUGGCUGCGAGCGUCUGCUGAGAACACAGACCACCACCAAACCUGAGCACGGAUGGGAAUUAAUGAAAUUCAUGCCUUAUCCUUGGGCUUGGGAGCUGCAUGGAAAUGUGUGUGGCAGGAGAGGCUGGGGCAUGUCGGAGAAAGAUGUUCUUCGGCUGGGGUGUUUUCUGUUUCCACGUAGAAACCGUCAGUGCUGAUGGUGGAAGUUAAUUUGUACUCUUGCUGUGUUUGUUUUUAAAAAUGGAUUAAACAUUGUCUUUUUUUGGAUACAUAUUUAAAGAGAAGUGCAUAGUAACCAUUACUGAAAUACUUUUUAAGACAUGUAACAAGGAAUUUAAUUGAUUUCAAACACUUCAUUGAUGUGAAUCUGUGACAGGAAGUUAAAGACUUAACAUUAAAAGUGAUAGUUAGGGAAAAAAAAAAAGAUGUUGCUGGCUGGCUGUAUGUAAGAUAAGGCCCCUAUGAAAGAAGAGCACAAAACGAAUCUUGGGCCAUAACCAGAAAUGCUAAUUUUGUUUUUGCGUUUUUUACUUUAUUUCUUUUUUUUUUUUUUUUAAGCAACUGGCAUUAUUUUGAUUACUUCAGAAAUGUUGCCUAUAAAAACGGAGUUAAAGCGCA